AUGGAAAAGUUCCUGCGGGAAUGGAGGCAGGAUGCCCUGAACAAGGCCCAGUACGAUUCCGCCAUCUUUAUCGGCGACAAGCUGCUGGCCCUAACGAACGACGAUAAGGACGCCUUCUGGCUGGCCCAAGUACACUUUGCCACCGGAAACUACACCCGCGCCCAGACAUUUCUUGCCAAACAAGACCUAGUCGCCCGCAAUGUCUCCUGCCGAUAUCUUGCUGCGCACUGCCUCAUUAAGCAAUCGAGAUUCGAUGAAGCAGUGGCCGUCCUCGGCGAGCGAAACCCGACCCACCUCAUCAACAAUGCGAGCAACAAGCGGAAGGCGAACACGGCACCCUUGGGACGAGCGGUGGGCCACAGGGGGAGGAUGGCUCGCGACGAUGCCGCCGAGGAGGAGGCUACUAACAGAAAAUACGAAGCCGCCAUGUGCUACCUGCGGGGUAUAUGCUACGCCAAGCAGAACGCCUUCGACCGGGCCAAGGAGUGUUACAAGGACGCUGUCCGGAUCGACGUACAGUGUUUCGAGGCGUUCCAGCAGCUCAUGACGAACUCCCUGCUGUCGCCCGACGAGGAGUGGGCGUUUCUUGAGUCUCUCGACUUUGAUGCAAUCACGGUAUCUGGGGACGUUUCGUCGUCGCAGGAGGCAGCCGAGUUCACCAAAAUGCUGUAUACGACACGGUUGUCCAAGUAUAGGGAGCCUUCGGCCUUCACCGCAGCGUGCGACUCGUUGUCGACGCACUACCGUCUGGCAGAUAACCCUGAUCUGCUGCUCGCCAAAGCCGAUCUGUUGUAUACGCAGUGUCGUUAUCGAGACGCCUUGGCCAUUACAGAGUCAAUACUCGAGAACGACAAGUACAACUUUAGUGUUCACCCGCUGCAUCUAGCCUGUCUGUAUCAAUUAAAGAUGAAGAACGCACUAUUUCUGGUGUCCCAUGACUUGGCGGACAAUCACCCGGAGGAGCCGUGCUCAUGGUUGGCUGUCGGCAUUUAUUACUUUGCGAUUGACAAAAUUGCAGAGGCGCGACGAUAUUUCAGUAAAGCCAGUAUGAUGGAUGCACACUUUGGCCCCGCGUGGAUCGGCUUCGCGCAUACAUUUGCUGCGGAGGGCGAGCAUGACCAGGCCAUAUCGGCGUACUCAACAGCGGCGAGACUGUUCAUGGGGACACAUUUGCCACAGGUGUUUUUGGGCAUGCAGAACCACGCACUUAACAACAUGACGCUGGCCGAGGAGUUUCUCAAGACGGCGUACGGUCUGUGCAAGACGGACCCACUGCUAUUGAACGAAAUGGGCGUUGUCAAAUACCACCAGGAUAAGCCGCAGGAGGCUGUUCAAUUCUUUCGGGCGGCAUUGAAAACCGCCGCCGAGAUCGACUCAGACCCCCAGGCUUGGCUGUCCCCGAGGACGAAUCUCGCACACGCGUACCGUCGCCUGCGUCUCUGGAAGGAUGCACAUGUAGAGUUUGACGAGGUCUUGCGCCAGGGCGGCAAGGACGCUGCUAUUUUUUGCGCCAAGGCGCUCAUCUAUCUGGAAGAGGGCCGUCCUGAGAAGGCGAUUGUACCGCUACAUGAGGCACUCGCCAUCAAUCCUCAGGACGGCACUGCCACAGAGCUGUUAAAUAAGGCACUCGAGGAGACAUCGACGAUUGAUUUUGCAGAUGGCGACGAGCUGGAUGCCUUUGAGCAGGAGCUUGAGUUGAGCAAGGCCGCCGCUAGAGAGCAACUGUCGAACAAACUGCCGAAGCUGCGGCGAGACGUCAAAGGCAAGGCCAAAGUCAGCAGGCCGCGGAUACUUGUGGAUGAAGACGAGAAGGGAGAGAGCAUGAUGGAGAUGACUGACGACGAUUAG